AUGUCGAAAAAGAUCACUACGAAAGAACAGGCACAGGCCAUAAUUGACGAUUAUGACUAUUUUAUAUUCGAUUGCGAUGGUGUUCUUUGGUUAGGAGAUCAUUUAUUGCCACAUAUUUGUGAGACUUUAGAUCUCUUAAAAAAGGCUAAUAAGACAGUAUUAUUUGUGACCAACAAUUCCACCAAAUCUCGAGACGCUUAUUUAAGUAAAUUUGAUAAACUUGGGGUUCUGGGAAUUACCAAAAGUGAAGUUUUUGGAUCAUCAUAUGCUUCUGCGGUUUACAUCGAUAAGAUUUUAAAAUUGCCAAAAAAUAAGAAGAUUUGGGUUUUGGGUGAAGAAGGCAUUGAACGUGAAUUACACGAAUUAGGCUACACCACAAUUGGAGGUACCGAUCCAACCUUGGUAGAACAUGGAGUACAUUUCGACCACGAUCACCCAUUGUUAACCGAACUUGAUGAUGAUGUAGGAGCGGUGGUUACUGGUUUAACUUUCAAUUUGAAUUAUUUGAAGCUAUCCAUAACUAUGCAAUAUUUGUUAAAGGACAAUAAAUCUAUACCGUUUAUUGCAACAAAUAUUGACUCUACGUUUCCAAUGAAGGGCAAAUUAUUAAUUGGGGCAGGGUCAAUCAUAGAAACAGUAGCAUUUGCCAGUGGUAGACAACCAGACGCGAUCUGUGGUAAGCCAAAUCAAUCUAUGAUGAAUUCUAUCAAAGCCGAUUAUCCAGGUUUAUCUUCGAACCCAUCUAGAGGUCUAAUGAUCGGUGAUAGAUUGAAUACUGAUAUGAAAUUUGGAAGAGAUGGGGGGCUUGACACUUUACUUGUUUUAACCGGCAUUGAAAGUGAACAGGCUGUUUUAUCCCAAAGUACAUCUACUGCUCCUACACAUUAUGCUGAUAAGUUAGGUGAUUUAUACGAACUACUUAAAUAG